AUGUGGCCGCCGGGCGAGUGGCCUCUACAAGCCAGCUCACAACCUAAGAAAAAUUUUGGAUCUCGGCACCUUAGCUUGGCCUCACAACAAAUAACCUCGAUCUCCAUAAAAGAUAGAGGCCUUUUGCGUCUCUAUUAUGAGAAAAUCUUCCAGAAUCUACAACAAACAAACUGUCGAAUUAUUGCCAAAGCCUACGUCAAACUAGUCGAGCCACGCAAGCAAGUGAACUACCCAUACAAUGGGCGGAAGAUUGUUGAAGGAAGGACUCAGCAGCUUGAUCCAGAGGCAACUAAGCCACCGUGGUGGCCGCGCGGAGUGAGCCACAGGGAGCCGGAUCAUCUUCCGAAAGUUGAACGCAUCCGACUUUUGGUAUACAUUCUCUGCGAGAUGCGUAAAUCCCACGGAAUUACAACCGCCAGAUUAAAACAAUGCGAUCAGCCCAUUCGUCGUCAGAUUCUCCCGGUCGAGCGUUUACAAAUCUUGGAUGAGGCAUAUCGAGUUCGCGAGGAGGAGGAAAAGUUUCUGGAUGGAGUUUCCGACGGAAAAAACGUGUGUAUAUCUCGUACCAAUCUUCCUCAGAUCGCCGAAGACACAUCCAGCGGACAAAGCUCACCAAUCGAACCGGUCUCAUCGUAUGACAUCGCCGAAUCCGACUGCAGCGACGGAAUCCCCGGAAUCGAUAUAGCCCACCUUCCUCCGGGCGACCUGCCGAGGGCGCCUUCUUACAACCCUUCCAAUCCGUAUAACCCAGCAAUGCACCUGGGCCACAACCCCCAAUACCAGUCCGUCGGCCCUUCUACAGACAUGUCGACAUCACAGUUAGAAUUGAGGCCGAAACACGAAUCACACUCUGCUGGGUCGCACUUGAUUGAUCGGAGACACCCCGGUGGCCUGCCGCACUAUUCAUACCCUGGCGUUUCUGGCAUUCACCCAAACCAGAUGGAGUUCUAUGGUACCCCUGAUUUAUCCCAGGAUACAGGUGUUCCAAAUACACAGACCUCGACAGGAAACUUGCCAGCAGGAACAAUGUUGCCAUACGGGCACCCCUACUAUUUCAACUACUGA